AUGAGAAGAUCUGAAUUAUACGUCGCUUGUAGUCGUGCAACAAAGGCACGUGGUUUAUAUUUAAUUGGUGACUUCGUUCCACCAAAACCACCUGAACGUAAUGAUGCAGUGGCGAUGAUGUUUAAAACCAUGAGAUCAGAACGAAUGCUGAAAUUUUCACUUGAAUUUCCUGAAGAAUCUCAAGAAGAAAGAUUUUCUAUGAUGUUUCAUAAUGUACAAUCAUUGAAUAAACAUUUUUCAGAUAUGCAAUUUGACAAAACAUUUUUGUCUUCUUCCAUGAUAAGUCUUGUUGAAACAUGGACAAAACCAAGUGACAACUUGGAAAUUGAAGGUUUCAAGAUAGCUCACAGACGUGAUUGCGACGAUGUACGAAAACCAUUCGGUCAAAGCAUUUAUUUAAAAAAUGAUUUGAAGUACGAAAAUAUCCCCGAAAGAUAUGAAUAUUCAGGCAAAACCCAUAUUGAAUAUUCUUCAAUAAAAAUUGAUGAUAUUUGUAUAAUUUCCGUUUACAAUUCACCGAAUUCAUCAUUCGAUAUCUUAAAACGACAUAUUAAUGAAGUUAUAACUAUUUCAAAAGGAUUUUGUGAAAAUAUAAUUGUCGUUGGUGAUUUUAAUGUGAAUUUGAAGAUCAAAAUCAAUAGCAAAUUUAUUGAAUAUAUGGAACCAUUCGGACUUAGUUUGAAUAAUAUACUAAAUAGAGAUUCAACUAAUGCAAAAACUCUUACAAGUUUUCAUGAACCAAUAUGGAUAAGAAAACAUAAAGGUUUGACCGAGUUUCAUUUUGAUGAAACUGAAGGCAUUUAUACAAAUAUACCUUUUAAUGUCGAAGAUGUUAUAACUGAUGAUCAAUCUGACACGAUGGAAGUCGAUGAGAAAUUCGUUUUUGAACGCCACAAAAUAAUCGAUAAAAACGAACAAAUUGACUUAGAUAUGUCCUUCCAUUUCGAAGACCUCAAAGUUAAUGAGCCAUCUGAUAUGAUGGAAAUUGAAGAAAAAUCUUCUUCCGAAAACUAUGAAAUCAUUGAUUCUAACUCAAGGGAGAUUCUUGAUCACUUUCUUCUUGCACUAGAUUUUAAUAAUACUACAGUGACUAAUCAAAUUUCAAGUCAAAGUCAAAUAAUCGAUGAUUUAAUUGAAACAUCACCAUUUAUAACUAUGAAUAAUAAAGACCAAUCCCUCCGAUUAAAAUCGAAAACAGAAUAUUCUGUUCAAGCGUUCGAUUCUGUUUUAUGCUAG